AUGUCCGAUGCAUAUAACGAUCUUUACUAUAAAGGUUUUCAGAUUGCAAACAGAUUGAAUAACACCUUGGUCAAGUUAUCAUAUGGGAUGUCUCGUAUUAAAAAGGAGAGUGUUAGAGCAGUUAAUCGAACAACUUUUUAA